GUGGCUCUCAUUUAUGUGGAUGGCAUUAUAUUGGCUGGAAAUGAUCUGUCCUUCAUCACUGGAGUCAAGACAUUCCUGCAUGACAGGUUUAGUAUCAAAGACUUGAGCAUCCUGCGGUACUUCUUAAGACUUGAAGUGGCGCGCACGGCUGAUGGGGUAGCUCUCAGCCAGAGAAAAUAUGUUUUAGACAUACUGGAGGAUGCUGGAGUGGAAGGAUCUCGGCCGAGUUCAUUUCCCAUCGAACAAAAUCACCAUUUGACACGUCCAACUGAUGAGGUGCUAGCGGAUCCCUCUCCUUAUUGUCGACUCGUUGAGCGUCUUCUUUAUCUGACUGUUACGCGGCCAGAUAUCACUUAUGCGAUUAAUAUACUCAGUCAGUUUGUUCAUGCUCCCAGUCCCAUGCACAUGGAUGCUGCUUAUCGCAUACUUCGUUAUCUCAAAGCUUCACCAGGCCAAGGUUCAUUUUUUCCUUCGAAUAAUCCUCUUCGCUUGACGGCUUAUUGUGAUGCAGAUUGGGGAGGCUGUCAGAGCACUCGUCGAUCCACUACAGGUUAUUUCAUCAGUCUCGGAGGUGCACCGGUGUCCUGGCGCACUAAGAAGCAACGCGUUGUUGCUCGUUCUUCCCCUGAACAGAGUACCGUGCGAUGGCCAGUACGGUUAGUGAAGUCAUUUGGUUUCGGUGGCUCUUGCGUGAACUAG